AUGAGCUCUCCUUUAGCUCAUUCGCCACCUCUUCCCGGCGACCGACCUGCUAAGGAACGCUUCAGCUGCGGCACAUGCGAAAAAACUUUCAAGAACUUGAAAACCCGCCAUACGCACAUUGUGAGAUACACCCAUGAACUCUCCCAUGUCUUGGAAAUAUCUGUUCCUUUUUUUCUCAACUUACGGAAGCAAGUAAUCAAGUGCCCUGUGUGUCCGUUCAAGGCGAAACAAGCGAAGUCUCCCAGAAGUUUUGUCACCCACUUCUCCCGCCAUGGCAGCUGGUAUAACCUCACCAUCGCCUACACGUGCUCUGUCUGCAUGGAAGUCAUGACGCUAGAUGAAGUCCAGGACCAUCUUGAACUACACCGUACAAACCGCCUCCCACUUACUCCUACCGCCUCCAAUCCUCUUGACCAAGCCUCCCAGCAUCCAGUUGCAACGAGCCCAUCCACGAAUGAUACCUUUUCCACCUCAGCUACCUCCUCACCUCCGUCAUCCCUGCCACUCUCCACUCCACCACCUACUUCCCCAGCCUCCUUGAACUCACAGUCCCUACCAGACACCCAGAACCCUAUGUCUCCCAGUGCUCUGUCCCCUCCAAGUUUUUCUCCUCCACCCGAAACCAAUGCCACACUCAUGCGUCGGUUCCUUGAAGCCUGUGGAGAUGCUCCUGUCCCUUUGGCACCUUCUGCACCUGUGAACCCAUCAACUCCACAUCCUGCUAUCCCCCCACUGAUGGCCAACAUCAUUACAACCCCUACACCGAACCUUCCUAGUACCCGUCAACCAGCCCCAGCAACAACCAAUCACCCGCCAGUCACUUCCCGUCCAAGAGCUGCUGAUUUCUUUGACAUUCCUCCUCCCUCCAUGGAAGAUAUUACCGAACCUGAUCAAGAUACCACUCCCCCACCUCGUCCCCAAUCACUUCCAUCUGCUAACUCACCUAGCCAAACCGUCACACCACCAGCCCAGAGCAAUCAGUCCGUGACACCACCAGCCCAGAGCCCUGUUAUCGAGGAUCCUUCCACAGCUUCCUUCCCCACUUCCCAAACCACCACGUCUCUGCACGAUUUCCGCCAACGUUACAAGCUCGAGUUUCAAGAAGACAUGGACUUCCAUGACUUUGAGAGACUCACCCAGCAGUUCACCACAGAAGCAGUUGACCUCGCUCGUACCUUGUCCUCUCAGCAACGCCCUCGUCCAGCUCCACGUCGCCCUGACCGCCCAAGUGCUCGCCCCCCCAUUGACCGUCGUCGCCCUCUCUCAGCUGACCCUACUGCUGCCAAACGCCUCCAACAUCUGUAUCGCAUUUCGAAGAAGCGUGCUGCCCGGAAAGUCUUUGGAGAUGAAAGCCCUGGUUAUGAUGGAUCCAUUGAUGAUGCCACGGAGUACUUCACUCGAACCUUUGGCCCUCGAACCUGUGACACUACCCACCUGCUCGAAGAGUUAUCCUCGUUCGUUCCAUCUGUGGAUUCUGACCAAUCCUUGUUCUCUCCUCCAUCUCCAGAAGAACUCUCAACCAAACUGAGAUCCAUGUCCAACUCUGCACCUGGCAAAGACCGCCUGGAAUAUCGUCACCUGCGUCUCCUUGACCCUAAAUGUGAAAUCCUGGCUGAGAUGUUCCGCCACUGUUUCCUCGCCAAAGAUGUGCCCUCCGAAUGGAAGUCAGCAACCACAAUAUUAAUCCAUAAGAAGGAAGACACCUCGGACGCAAGCAACUUUCGCCCUAUCGCUCUCAUGUCCUGCCUUUACAAAUUGCUCAUGGCUGUUCUGGCAAAACGAAUCACCUCCUUCUCCCUCCAACAUGACCUCCUCUCCAGUGAGCAGAAGAGUGCCCGCCCAAGUGAGGGCUGCUAUGAGCAUGCGUUCCUGCUUGAGUCAAUUGUCAACGACGCUAGACGGCAACCUCGACCCCUCUGCAUCGCCUGGCUAGAUGUCCGCAAUGCCUUUGGCAGCAUCCCACAUUCUGCUCUCCUGGCCACCCUCUCGCACAUGGGUUUUCCUCCAGACCUGGUGGAGAUGAUUGGCAAGAUAUACACUGGUGCUACCACUGAAGUAGUAACUCCGCUCGGCAAGACACCCUCCAUCCCCAUCCACUCUGGCGUCAAGCAAGGCUGCCCCCUCAGUGCCAUCCUUUUCAAUCUCUCUGUGGAACUGAUUAUACGCAAGUGCAACGCAAAGGCCCAAACCCUCUCCCGUGGACCCCUCAAGCACCAUGGAUGCUCCAUCUCCAUUCUUGCAUAUGCCGACGACCUUGUUAUACUGGCCCGCACCAAAGAGUCCCUCCAAUCCCUCCUCGAUGCUGUCUCCUCAGCUGCUGACUCUCUCCACCUACAAUUCCGACCGGAUAAAUGUGCGAGUCUCUCUUUGAACAAGCGUGCUCCACGUAUCUGUGCCAAUGAUUUCCUCAUCCAAGGUGAAUCCAUCAAUGCUCUGAGCCAAGAAGAUCACUACCGCUACCUGGGUGUCCCCAUUGGCCUCAUACCCAACAUCACCGACCUCCAAAAGCUCGUUGACGACCUAACCAGUAAGCUUGAGAAGAUCGAGACAUCCCUGCUCGCACCUUGGCAGAAACUCGACGCGAUCCGUACCUUCAUCCAACCAUGCCUCACCUACGCCCUCCGAUCAACCGACCCCACUACUAAAUCCCUUCAAUCUUACCGAUCCCAACUGAUUAAAACUAUCAGAACUGUCUGCUAUCUUCCUACCCGUUCCACAACCCACUAUGUCUUUGCCUCCAAGCAAUCUGGUGGCCUUGGCUUCACUGAUCCCACCCGCGAAAAUCAUCUGCAAACGAUUGUCCAAGCCAUCAAAAUGCUUGCUUCCCAGGAUCCCACCGUUUCCGCUAUUGCCAAGUCAGAACUCAGACAAACUGUACGUUUCGCAGCCCAGUCCGAUCCCACACCCUCACUCAUAUCCAAUUUCCUCUCCAAUGCUCCAGAUCGCCGCCUGGAAUCCAUUCGCUCCCGCACCGGCUCCCUAUGGACUCAAACCCGCAAUGCCACCAGGACCAUCAAAAUCACCAUCAACGUCCCUGCUACUGGCCCACCCUCCAUCUCUGCUACCGACUACGCUGACGAAAUUGCCGCCAAGGACGUGUGCCGUUUUCUUCACAAUCUAGAACGUGAGAAUUCUGCAAAAUCAUUACGCGACCUCCGCGACCAAGGCAAAGUUCCACGCUCCCUCUCAAAUGACAAAUUUGGAAAUGGCUCUAACUGGCACUUCACUGGCCUCAAUAUGAGAUUCAAAGACUGGCGAUUCAUUCACUGCGCUCGCCUCAACUGCCUCCCCAUCAAUUCUGUAAAGCACCGCUGGUCUGACACAAGUCCUUCCUGUCGCCACUGUGAACAUGAUGAAACCCUCCCACAUGUCCUCUGCCACUGCACUCCAAAUAUGCCAGCAAUCACCACCAGGCACAACAAGAUAGUAGAUCGCCUCACCAACGCUGUUCGCCAUGGCUCGAUCUCCACCGACCAAACCGUCCGCAAUAGUGGCUCACCUGUACGCCCCGAUAUUGUUAUAGAGAAUGAUAACCAAGUAACCAUUAUCGAUGUGUGCUGCCCUUUUGAAAACGGCGAGGAAGCCUUGGAUGAAGCUGUUGCCCGCAAGGAACUUAAGUACCUUCACCUUCAAACCCACUUUGAAUCCCAAGGCAAAUCCUGUGAAGUAUUUGGCUUUGCGAUCGGCGCACUUGGCACCUGGCACCCUGGCAACGAACGAGUCCUCUCUGCACUUGGCAUGUCACCUCGGUACAAAAAUCUUUUCCGCAAAUUGUGCUGCACUGACGUUAUCCAAGGGUCCACGGACAUCUAUCGCCAACAUCUUGGGUGUGACGAUGUCCUUCCUUAA